UUAGAUGUCGGCCGCGGCUGUUAUAUGAUGGCUCCUCUUGUGUUUGCAUUCUUCAUGGUAUUCUGCCGGCUUCACUGAUUUCAUGGAAUGCACAUGGGAUCUUUUCUUCAAGAAAUCUUUUCUGCAUUUCUGUUGCCCGGCCAGGAGCCUCUCCAUGUCUCUUCUGCGUUCGUGUGAAAGACUUUCGUGAGGAUCUCUGCGCUUGGUUUCCGAUAUGUGUGCCAUGGGACUUGAGAUGUGAAGAGAGGUGCGUUCGUGGACUGGAUGAACGCUGCAGCAAAGGAAAUGCAGAUAGCAUCAUUAAUUUGUAUCCUGCACUUCAUGAAUCUUACGAAAGGCCAAGACAGCACAAGUAUGGUACGAUGCAGACGCAGCGCUUCGGUGAGCAGUGUCUGUCCGUCCGGAUGCGCAACUUGCUCGCCCCUGAAUGGCUGCCUGUCCUGUAAACCUCGCCUCUUCUUCCACCUGGAGCAGGACGGGAUGCGGCAGAAGGGAACCUGUCUGACCUCCUGCCCCAGAGGGCACUAUGGUGUGCGUUCACCACACAUCAGCACCUGCACCAGGUGUAAGGUGGACUGUGCAUCCUGCUUCAGCGAAAACUUCUGCACGCAGUGUCACCCGGGCCACUUCUUAUACCGCGGCAAAUGCGAAAGCAGCUGUCCCAAGGGGCUGACAGCAAACACGGCGCUGCGGGAAUGCACAGAGUGCCCCGCAGGCUGUGAAAUGUGUGUGAGGAGGAACAUGUGCACGCGAUGUAGAGCAGAUCUGUACCUCCUCCAGGGCCAGUGCCUCCUUACCUGCCCAAAAGGGUUUGAGCCUGAUGCACAGCUCAAGCACUGCAUACCCCAAAUUCACUGUGAAGUUGGGGAAUGGACAGUGUGGGGCCCAUGUGUUCGGAAACAGAACACACGGGCCUAUAGGAGGGGAGAGGAGGCACGCACCCGGCAAGUCCUGCACUCCCCAAGUUUCUAUGGUAACCCCUGUCCACAUGUGUCAGAAAUCAGAAAGUGUGUCCUCAAUAAAAGAGAAAGCAACAAGUUGUAAAAAGUUUAACCAUUUGUUGUUACUGCACAUAUUGUCUGGUAACAUGGAAACUGUACGAAUGCGUUCAUCUGACAUGAAUCAAAGUUUCCAGUAUCCAUGGAGAUGAUACUGAAUAACAUUAUGAGGCACUUAAUUUAAUCACCAUGCUGCUUUUCUUUGUCUCAUAUGGACUUUUUUUUUGUUUGGUUUAUAUCCAUUUUUAAAUUUAUUUGAUUAAGUUUAUAUCCUACUGCAACUUCUUGGAG